AUGCAACACGUGCUAGCAGCACCUGCGUCGCAUCCUGUGCAGCAUGUGCUGCACAUAACUGCUCAAAGUGCACUGCCUGCUAGAGUUUGGUGCAACCUGCGACUGGCAGGUUGCACAUGCGACAGCACAUGCGAGUUGCAGCAUUGCAAAUUGGAUAAUUUCUAUUUCGUGGAUCGUAAUGGGUUUUUGAAUUCGGUAUUACCAUCAUCAUCUUGUAAUCAAGUUCAUGCUGAUGAUGCGCCUGUUAGUGGUGGUGGUCUAAGAUCAGCUAUGUUCAAAAUCAGAGAGUUCGUAGAGAAACAUACAUGUCCAUUGAAGGAUAAGGUGUAUACGCAACAUCAAGCUAGUAGUGGUUUUAUAGCUGGCAUUAUUAAGCCAAAAUUUAGAAAUUAUAAGAGGAAGUAUGUGCCUAGUGAUAUAGUAGAUGAUGUUAAAAAUGAUUUUGGGGUGGAUGUGCCAUACAUGAAAGCAUGGCGUGCUAAAGAAAAGGCUAUGACGGAGUUAAGGGGCGAGCCAGCCAAGUCAUACAAGAAAUUGCCGGGAUACGUAUACAUUUUGAAUAAAACAUACCCAGGUUCUCAUAUAAGAAUGAAGAAAACAUCUGAAAAUGAGUUCUUGUAUCUUUUUGUAGCAUUGUAUGCCUUUAUAAAGGGGUUUGAAUGUUGUCGACCCAUCGUGGUUGUAGAUGGCAGCCACAUCAAAACAGCAUACAAUGGGACAUUUGUUUCAGCGAGCACGAUGUAUGGUGCAGGGAAUAUACUACCUUUGGCGUAUGGCGUGAUUGAUUCAGAAAGUGAUAAGUCUUGGACAUGGUUCUUCGAACAGUUCAAGGAAGCUUAUGGGCUACGGGAGAGCAUGUGUGUUGUAUCUGAUAGGCAUGAAAGCAUCAACAAGGUUGUAUCCAAAGUAUAUCCUAAUGUUCCCCAUUUUGCAUGUAUAUGGCAUCUUUGGAAGAAUGUAUACAAUAAAUAUAGAAAGAGUCACAAGGUGCUGAGUGGGGUGUACUAUGCAAUGGCAAAAGCGUAUACACAAGAUGAGUUUGACAUGCUAAUGGAAAAGGUUGAGACGGUGGAUAUUCGUGUAAAGGAUUACUUGGAGUUAGCCGGAAGGGAAAAGUGGUCUAGGCUUUAUGCUCCAGUCAACCGAGCAUGGACAAUGACGUCUAAUAUUGCUGAGUCUAUCAAUUCAGCUCUCGUACAAGCAAGAGAAUUACCAAUAUUUGAUUUUCUGGAAGAAGUUAGGAUUAUGUUUGGGCGCUGGAAUUUCACUAACCGACAAAAUGGUUCAUAUACAUUCACAACACUUGGGAAGAAAUUCAAUGAAAUGCUUUCCAUUAAUGAGCGUAAAUCUGCACGCAUGACGGUAAUACCAUCAACUGAAUACGUGCACACGGUAAUUGAUGAGGGGCGACAUUUCAUAGUUUGUAUUGAAAAGAAGACAUGCAGUUGCAAAGAGUUUCAGAUGGAGGAGAUUCCCUGCCCACAUGCCUGGGUUUAUCCUCUACCCGAUGAGAGUGAAUGGAAAAUACCUGGAUACAUUUUGGAAGAGGUAUUUUUUCCACCGAGAUACAAGAGACCGCCUGGAAGGCCAAAGAAGAAGCACGAUAAUUCUUUAUCUGAAUGGUUUUCAACUAAACGUACAAAUUCGUGUAGUAGGUGUGGACAUGUUGGACACAAUAGGAGUUCUUGUACAAAUGAGCCUCGAAGAAAGUAG